AUGGCUCUGGGUAAAGAGAGAAGGUCCAUGGGGACAAGUGAAUGCCACCUGAACACACACUGCGGCCUGAUCAACCGUGAUCGUUGGUGUUUUAAUAAAGUCUGGUUAGAGAAGAUGUCAGCAUCUGUUGAAGAUGAUGCGUCCCUCUUGGAUGAGGAGGAAAAGCAGGAGGAAGAAGACCCAGUGUCGAAACAGCCCGAGCUGAGCAACUGGCAUACCACGUGGAGAUGCAGUAAGCCAGCACACUCUCAAAGCAACUUCUCCUCCAGGUUGUUUUUCCUGAGGAUUCUCAGGAAGUGGAGUCGCUGCUGGGCCUUCUUGACCACUGCGGUGGUGUUGGUGGACCAAGAGAGGUCCUCAAUGAUGUGUGUGCCCAGGAACUUGAAGUCAGGCUGUCUUGUUUCCUCCGGAGAUGAGACUAACCACAGUGGUGUCGUCCACAAACUUAAUAAUGGUGUUUUGUGGAGUGGAUGGGGUACUGCCAUAUGUGUAGAGGGUAUAGAGGAGGGGACUCAGUACACAGCCCUGUGGAGCACCAGUGCUGAGUGUGAGAGUGCGGGAGAGAUUGAACCCUGCCCAUUAACACAGGACAUAAUAGGACCAAACCUUUCCUUAUUGUGCCGGAUAGGUGAUGGGCUUUCUCAUGCAUUUAUCAAACUUGACUUACAGAACAGGAAUCUAGGGGAUAUUGCCAUAUUGAGUUCAUUUGUCCAUCUGCGUUUCCUGGACAUCUCCUCCAACUAUCUGACAGACCUUUCUCCGCUGGCUGCUUUGACCGAGCUGCUUUGGCUAAAGGCAGAUGCCAAUCGGGUUCAGAGUGUUCGAGGUCAGCCACUCAGCCAGCUUCCUUACCUGCAGUGGCUCAACCUCAUGUCCAAUCGUUUGAAUGAGAUGGAAGGCCUCGAUGGGCCUGCACUGGAAAGCCUUAAUCUUACAGGUAAUGCCAUUCAAAUGGUGUCUGGCCUUGAUUAUGAGAAGCUGACCAAUCUAGUGUCUCUUGAGUUGAGAGAAAACCAUUUAGAAACUACAGAUGGUAUUUACCUCCCCAACCUGCGUCGUCUUUACCUGGCCCAGAAUAAAAUAAAACGUUUGGAAGGACUGGAAAAACUGGAGCACCUAAUAAUCCUUCACCUUAGAGACAACCAGCUAGAGACACUUGAUGGACUCAGUCCCAGUAUGAAAUCUCUGCAGUAUCUUAAUGUCAGAGGAAACCUAGUAUCUUCCCAGGAUGCAUUACAAAGCCUGAUGGGUGUUGGUCACACACUGCGAACCCUGGUGUUGGCAAACAAUCCACUGGCAGAGACAGACGAUUACCGGCUCAUUGUUAUCUCACGUCUCCCUCGUCUUGAAAGACUAGACAAGGCUCCUAUCUCUCCUGUGGAGCAGAUUGAGGCUGAAGAAAGACUCAGGGAAUUACAAAACUUCACAGAGCAAGAAGAAACUUAAACAGGACUAGAGGGAGAAAAGCUGCAUUCAUUUGU